AUGUAUGCAGCUGCUGGUGGCGCCUCGCUGGCUUCCCGCCAGGCGCGGCAACGCCAACGCCAGCAGAAGAAGACCCAACAACUUCAGGCGAAACUACAUCCACCGAAGGCGGCCGGAGCCGCCGGACUCCUUUCCGGCGAUCAUGCCGCCGAGGGCGCAUCCACGCCCACUCGCAGCCAGUCGCGCCAGUUCCAUCAGCUGCCCACAAACUAUCUGCGUGCCCCGCAGCCCCAUGGACGUAAGCUCAGCGCCACCUAUACGACGCAAUCGAAGCUCCUACUGCCAAUCGAGGAGAGCGACACCCAGUCGGUGUUGCAGUUGCGCAUGCACUCCCACGCCCAUUCGCACGGCCAUGCCCACGCGCACGCCCAUUCUCACUCUCAUGGACCCGCCCACGCGCCUGCGCAUAGCCAUCAUGGGCAAACGCCCUACCAGCAGUUCGCCUCAUCCCACGGACGCGUCUCACCGAAACUGGUGCAUCGGCAUUCCGGCAGCAGUGCUGGAUUCCAUCCGGUAAUCUCCGCCGGACAGCUGCACAAAUCUGCGACGGCCACGUUGCCGCUUGUCUCCCAUAUGGAAGCGGAGGCGGCGGCGGCGGGGGCGGAGUCGCCAUCGGCCGUGGCCGGCGUUAAAACGACAGUGACCUCGUUGGAGACAGCCACGCCCACGUCUCCGCCGCUGGCCAGCACUUCUGCUGCCGCUGCCGCCGCAAUGGCGGCCGAGGCGGAGGCAGAGUUAGCUGGCGCCGGCGCCAUGUUUGUUCCCCACCAUGAUGCCAUCAUUGUAACGCCGGCCACGCCUAUGGCCUCACCGGGCCAUGUGGCCAAGCUGCGUCGUCCCGGUCCCGAGGAGCUGUUCGAGGCAUCCGCCGAACGACAGCCGCUCACCGCCGGCGAAGCGUUGGACGACGAGGAUGAGCCGAUGCAUCCGCCAGCACCAGGCCAGCUGGAGCGUAAGUGCAGCGUCUACAGGAUGCGGAGGAGCGAUGCCUUUGAGUCGGAUACUGGUGGUGGUCUCAAGCGGCAACUGCGGGAGCUUCAAUUUAGCGCCGGAGUCCAACAGACGCAGUACGAACCGCUGCUCGCCGAUGAACCGCAGCUGAUCUUCAAGGGACUUGGGGUCAAUGGGCGCAAGAUGCAGAUCUGUGCCUACUGCGAGGAGGGCAUCUGUGUGUGCGAACAUCUCGAGUGCGCCCAAGGACGUGCCGCCUGGUUGGAGCGGGGCCGACGCUGCAGCGUCCAGGAUCAGCAGCAGCAGCAGGCCACCUGCCAUCGACGCUGGGUGAAGCGCAACCGAAUCCAAGACGCCUCUUUGGGUGGCUCGUCGGACGAUGAGGAUUUCCUUGGCGUUCUGCGAGGUCCCAGCACCUUUGCAAAUGCCUUUCUUUACGUGGGUCUGGGCACGGUGGCGCUGGGCCUCGUCAUCGCAUUCGUUGGCACCGGCGAGAAGGGCUUCAAAACCACGGAACUAAGACUUAUAGGCCCCUCUCUCAUAGGAUUGGGCCUAAUCUGUUGCAUUUUACGCAUCCUCUUCUGCAUCUGUCCAUCGCACUGCAUCUCAUCCAGCAAAAAGACGCGAAAGAAAAACGGCAACAAGAUUGAUGCGGAUCACACAACGUCGUUGCUCAGAAACGAGAGCAAAAGGGUGUCGAUAGCGAGAGGACCCAGUUUUCAGCCCAAAUACCCAAUAGCGCACAAACGCAGCCAGAGCAAAAUGCUCAACGAGGGAAUGGAGGCACUGCGCCAAAUAGCCACCACUUCCUUGUUCAUGCAGAACGAGCAGAAGACGGCUAUCAAUCGCGUGGUGCCGAUCAUCAAUGAGCCGGAUAGCGGUGAUGCACCACUGGAGAUGAAGAAACUGCAAACUGCUUUGAAUGCCUGCGAGAUGAGCGACGAGGAGCAGGAUCAGGAGCAGCAGCAGCAGCCGCAUCAGAUUGCCAAACGUACAACAGCCACAACUGCCGUUACGAGUAGUACCACCAAAGACCCAACAUCAACAGCAGUCACAUCAAGGAUAACGAGAGCGACCACUCUGAGCACGGUGGAUGAGAAGCCGGACAGCAAGCUGGUCCGUCAGCGGGUGGCACUGCAGCAGCAACGACAGCAGCAACAGCAACAGGAGCAGCAGCAUGUUCCCAAGUCGCAGUCUUUGUCAUCCUCCUCUACGAUCAAGGAUUCGCUGGAGGUGGUUGAGGAGACGUCCCUAAUAGAUGCCAGCAAUGAGACUACACCUGUUGCAUCUCCUCCCCCUGCAAUGCCAAGUAGCUGCAGUACGGGCGCGAUACCCAGGCUCAAUCGGCCUGGCAUCUCGACGGGGGCCACUCCCAAAACGACGACAACGACGACGACGCCCACCAUUACGGCACGGCUGCCCACGUCGCAGUCGCAUCCGACGAGCUAUGACCUGCCACCGGCCCUGCCGCACACCUAUUCCGCAACGGCAACGGUUCGCGGACCGUUGGGCAUGUCCAUGAGCAGUUCAGCCGGAAAAGGGAUCGGCAUAGGAACUGCUUUCACAAUGCCGCCCACCACAACAACGAUUAGUCUGCUACCGCUGCCGGCGCCGCCAACGGUUACUGCCACCACAACAACAACAACAGCAACAAACAUGGCCAGCAUUCCUGGCCAGGUGCUGGAGACCAGCGGUGUUACAAGUCUAAGUCUGAGCCUAAUGCGACCAGCCACAGCAUCUGGUGUGGUGUUGGGCGGAUUGACCACCUCAUCGUUCACCACCAGCUCUACGGAUCAUCAAAAAUCACAUCCGUCAUCCGCCGGAUCGGUAAUGGGGCGUGGCAGUAGCCUACUACUCUCACCGCCCUCAGCGGCAGCGGCGUCGUCGUCGAGCAAAUUCGAGCCAGAAUUGGUGCUCAGUCCGGCUAAGCUUGGCCAGUAGAAUUAAAUGGGAUUUAGUUACGAUUUUAGUUAGCCACGAGGUCUAUAUAUGUAUAUGUAUGUCUAGGUUCUAGCCGCGAGUGUGCAUGUAUGCAAUAGGGUGAGUGAGUGUGUUUGUCUUAGAGCUGUGUGUGUGUGUAUGUCAGUAUGAGAACAAGUAGAGUUUAGAUACCUAUGAACCCUAAAACUAUCUUUUGAAUGUGCCACAAGAACCACUUAGAGAAAUGAAUACACCCUCAAUCGAAACUCUAAAGGUCAUGUUCUGAAAACGAAAACAAAAAGUAACAAAUAUAUAUAUAUAAUAAUUGGAAAAAACAAUUGGCUAGUUUUUAACUCUAAACAAGACUACACUUUCUCAUUCAGAACAUGACCAUGUCUACAAUAUUUUCCUUUCAACCACAAGUCGCUUUCAGUGUCUGAACCUGUAUAUUUCUCGAGGCCUAUUUCCUCAAUAUAGUUCGCUAAGCCACUUGAUUUCUCUGCCCAUCUUUUGGAUGUAUCAUCCACUCUAUAGCUACCGAGUCUUUCCCUAACACUUCAGAUCUGUUCCUCAGGCUUCAGGUGGCAUUAAAAUCGCCCAAGUGCUCAGCAAAAAGUUGCCAACCUGCGCUGUUCUAAGCUAUCCCAAAAUAAUAAUAAAAAAAUAAAAACAUAGCCAGGGUAUUAUAAAGUUUGUAUACCAAACAUAUCGUUAACUAAAUACACAAACCGAAACUAACACUAAAUAUAAUACGAAAGAAAAGAUAUGUCAACUUGAAGUGGAAAUUGACAAGAAAAUUUAUAAGAAAAACUAACAAAACCAAUUAGAUAUGUAUUGAAAAAUGUUAGGGUACCGUUAGACCCAAGCAAAGCUAAAUGGCUAAAUGUGCAAACAAUAUCUGGAAUUUGUGCGGGUGCGAAAUUCUAGAAAAUCUAAACCAAAACCCAGAGAGUUCAAAAAGUAUUAGGCAAUCGUUGAAAGAGCUCUACAAAAUAAACAAAUAACAAAUAACAAUUUUUUUAAAAACUUGAUAAAAUUCUGCGACAAAUUUGAGUACAUUUUGGUCAAAAAUUUAAACUUUUCUCUACAAUUUUCAAGGCACUUUUCGAAGCUAUUGCUAAAUUUCAUAUAAGAUAAUUGCUUGCUCUUUCAACUGGCACGUCCCCCAGAUAAGUGGGCCGACUAAUAAAUAAAAACAAACUAAUCCAAUAGAAUCGAAUGUGGCCGUUAAAUUAAAAAUGAAGCGAAAAUAAUUAAAUGUAAAAUCCCUGAAACAAAAUCUGUAAGAUGCAUGUACAGCAACAAAAGCAGCAGCCAGACAUAGAAAACUAUAAACCAACUUUAUGAAUUAGUAUGUAUGUAUACUAUAUGUGCAGAAAUAAAAAAGAAAUAUAAAAGAA